UAUAGUGGCGGGAAUAAAAGCAGUUUUCCGCAGCUUGUUAUUAGCGGCGUCACUGUGGGAGCAGGUGUAGCAUCUUCCUCUGCGAAUGCGGUCGUUCUUAAGGCAUCGCUCAAGGAAGACCCUAAGUCGAGGAGUUUGGAUGCAACAAGAUGGAGAUGUUUUAGUAUAUAAAAGAAAUCCGUCACGUGGCUUGGUUCCUAUGCUGCUCAGAAACAGAUAGCUGAGUUCUAAUGGGCACAUGGCACGAAAGGGGAGUUUUUGUAGAGUUUUGGAUUGCUGGUGUGCCGCAAACGCUUAUGGUCGAUCCGAGUGGAAGAUGCUGCUGUUACGGUGUCAACGUUUGGAAUUUAGAAGCAGGACCGAAUUCACGAUGCUGUGGAGGAUAGAUCAACUUUCUCUCAAAAAAGACUAUUCUUGUGAUAGUAAAAAAUCUAUAUUUUUUUCUUGAAGAAUAUCUAAGGUUGACUUAAGGCGAUUUUUUUAGACCGCAGAUUGAUAGAAGGCCAUACUCUUAAUCAUGCUAUAUUUUUGGUGAUCUUCUCUGGGUCUAGGUCUAAAUCAGGGCGUCACAUUCUGUCCUGGUGGUUUCACGAAGAAACGUCCGAGGGGCGUUGAGGUUAUCGUCUCUUUGGAGGACUUGGCGAGUACAUGGGAUUUCGUUCCGUUUGAAGACUAUCGCGGUGGGACGGAAGGGCUCUUUUCAAGAGGGGUAGAAAGUACAAGAUCACCGGUGUCUGCGGCAUCCUCAGCAUGCGGCAGCACGAGCUUUCGUUAAGAUCAAAAGCGUUUCUAUUUACAGGUGUAGAAAGAGUUGUGUAGAAAGAGGGUAGAAAGAGUAGUUGCUAGUUAUAGUGGAGAAAGGUUCAGCAAAACACAAGAAACACCGUCUAAGGCCCUCUCCCCGCGCCUCCUGCGAUGGACCAAAGUAUAGCGAACAGCAGUUCGGCCGCGAGCCCUGGUACGUCGCCUACAUUAAGAGCUGCAGUUAAUAUGUACGUCGCCUACAUUAAGGCAGUAGUGGACAAGAAGACCAUGCUUCCAUCUACGCAUACCUCGCAAGACGUUGUACCUCGCUAUGUAUUCAACUGAGUAUACGAGGAAGCAAGUCCUUGAGAAGUGAGGACCAUAGAGGACUCACUGUUUUCUUAUAAAGACAGUAAUUUUUGGUAGAAGUCGUUGUGGAAGGCGGUGCUUAUAACAAAUUCGAUAAUAGACUAUAAUUAUACGCCAUUAUAACCUAUUAGUUGUAAUAAAUUCCCACCUCCGCUAAGUUCGAAUUCUGGCGCAGGACCGAACUAGAUACUGGCUUAGAGUACAUUGGGCGGAGUGAUAGGUAGGUCUCACCCCCCUCCCUAGCUCCUCAUAGUUAGGUCUCCGACGCGAGGCGUGCGGCAAAUCUAGAUUCGUCCUCCCAACAAUAUCGCCUUUUUGGGAGGGUGUAGGUCCCGCGACGCUCAAAGCACACAAAGUAAAUUAGCCGGCUAAUUUCCCUCGAUAGUGCGGAGGUCGUUCGUAACCCUAUUCGCAACCUAUUAGUACCCUCCUACCUCUGCUAAGUGCAGCAGGAGGGCGUGGAUUAUCCCCGAAUUGUGGCGCAGGACCGAACUACAAUGCGGCAGGCGCUUUUGGGUCC